AUGUCUUUUGUAGCAGUAAUUGAUAAAGACCGCCAUAAGUACAUAUGGUCUAAAGCAAUAACUUCUUUAGCGUCUAUAUCUGAAAGCAUUAAAUUUAUCGUAUCCCCCAAAUCUCUAUCAAUUUCUUCAGUAAAUACGGCAAAGACAUCCAGCGGAGAAGUUAUCUUUCUGUCAUCGUUUUUUCACGAAUUUAGAGCAGACUUCGAUGAUGAGGAUAAUAUUAUAGAGGGGUUUCAAAUAGAAAAGGAAACACCUUCCUAUUCAUUCAUCAUUAACUCUAAGCAUUUACUAAUCCUAUUCAAAAAUUUAGAUAUUUUCGAUCUUGAUUAUAUAUGCCUAAAGAUUCAUUGGAUCAAUGAUGCCGUGGAGCCAAAUUUCAGUAGUUUAAAAUAUAAAUUAUUAAUAGAGAUACGAACGAAGAAGUUGAUCUUAAAAAAGUUUCAAACGGGAUACCAACCUGUUGUUAGUAACAGGAUUACUAUCUCCGAAGAGUAUAACAAGGAAUUAAAGAAAUCUAAUGCAAGUUACAAUUUUUUACACUAUAUUAAAAUAGAACAGGCUAUUCUCAAGCAAUUUCUAGAUAUGAUACCUAGUGCUACAGAAGAUUUUAAGAUUGAAAUCAAGAAUGAAAAUAUCCAAUUUAGUGGAUUUACCAAGCAGAUUAUGAAAGACAGAGAGUAUUUAAAACAGCCCAUGUCAGUUGCAAUUUCAGUCUAUCUAGAAGAAUUGUUGGAUACAAAUUUGAAUAUCAAUGUAGCGAAUCGACCUUCCAUCGAAAGCAUAAUGUUCAGAUUGAAAGAUUUCAAAAAUUUUAUAAACUUUAUAACUUCAUUUAGCAAUGGCAAUAUAAAUAAUGACAGCAGUGAUUCAAGUGAUGAUUAUUUUGAAAUUAUUUACAAGAGACCAGGUGAUCCUGUACUAUUUGAAUUGAAAAAUAACCAGCACUUGACCGUGCAAUAUAUUCAGAUUACCAAUGGUACUGAUAUUGAAGGUGCAAACAAAGUUGGAGGAGGAGGAGGAGGAGCACUGAACCCAUUAAAGUCGCAUGUUCUAUAUAAGAUUGAAAAUGCGCCCGAGCAAACCAGAGAUGUAAGUAGAUCAGCCAAGAGAUCAAAGAAAAAUACCUUAAGAUCUAGUGACGAUGUAGGCUCGCAACAAUUAUUUGUUCCGGAACUUUCGCAACAGCAUGGAACAGAACCAUCUACACCUGGAUUUAGUUACGGAAAUGCAUUAGAAGAUACAGAAUAUGAAGAGAGUGAGCGAGAAGGCGAUCCAGAGGGUAAACAAGAAGUAGAAGAUGAACAUGAAAAUGAGCAUGAAUAUCAAGGUGAACAUGACUUGGAAUUUGGUCCUACGCAGGGAGCAACUUUGCCAAAAUCUAUUUUUGACUGA